AUGUCAGACAGCGAACUUCAAUAUACAGUCACCAGGCUCGAGAUCAUCAACAGCACUGUUGCACGAAAACGGCUGGGACCGGAAGGAUCGACCAAGGGAUCUAAAGAUUCUGAAAGUCUGUCACCAUCUGUGACUUCGGACUCGGAGUUCAUUCCGCACGAGAGUGGCCAUAGUUUUCAACUCUUUUACGACCUCUGGUUCGUAGCCAACCUAACCGUCUUCACCGAAUACCACGAAAUCAUCGACGUGAAAGCCCUCUCCCUCUUCAUUGGUUUCGUCCUUCUCCUCUGGACAACAUGGAUCCAAAGCACCUUCUUCGAUGCUCGCUUCUCGGGCGACAGUAUCUUUGAGCGCAUCACCUGCGCCUUCGAUCUUGGCGUCAUGGUCGGUUUUGCAGAGCUAGGCACGGUGUUCACCCCUAGUCCUAAUUAUCAGGCCAUCUUCCGCAUGGCAUCUCUGUUUCUGAUGGCUUCGAGACUCGUGCUCGCGGUGAAAUAUGCGACUAUGCUGUUUCAGGCGCGGAAGUACGCACGCCGCAGGGCGAAGAUGGUCUUGCUGCUCAUUAUCGGGACGCUUGUGGCAGCUGCCACCAUAUACUUCGGGAUUUCCUUCAUGCUUGGAGUGGAUAAUAUUCCCGGCGAUGCUUUAAUUGCAUGGAAUGUUGUCGGAGUUGUGGAAGUGAUCCUUCAGUUGGAAUAUUCCCGUCUAUCGGACCCUCUCAGCUUCAAAGGGACAAACUUGGAGGCGCGCAUGAACCAGUUGACGCUUAUAAUAUUGGGUGAAGGGAUUAUUAUCAUGAUCAGAGGCAUUAAUCUCUUGGUCCAGGAGAAAUCCCCUCUAGCAGAUUCAUUGGCUAUCGGGUGGUCUCCGGCACUGAUCGCGAUCAUCGGUUGCGCCAUCGGAUUGAUCUACAUCAUCUUCAAGAUAUAUUUCGACUUGGACCACCACUCGGAGACAACCAGCCGACGUCGCACGGCUUGGGUCUUCUUCCAUUUGCCGUUUCACAUGGCUCUCGUCGUCCUGUUGGAAGGCACAAACAAAUUUGUUGUUAUUUGGAAAAUCCUCGAAUCAUCAGCUUCCGCCAACAGCGCCCUCAACGGUGUUUUUGAAGAUGUUCGCGCCCCGAGUACUUUGACUACUCAAGAGGUCAUCGGCAAGAUUAGGUCCAUUGUGGUAGAUCAGCUGGUGUUAUAUAAGCCGAAUGAUACCCUCAAAACGUGGACACACUUGAACACGACCUUUGCAAACAUUAGCACGAUACCAGACAUGUUCUGGUCUAUUGGCGUUCCUGUGGACGAUCCGACUGUCGACCGUUUCACGGAUAGCUUCAAAGACAUUGUACUCACUGUGCUUGAGAAUAUCCAAGCAUUCUUUGGCAUCCAUGGGCCAGUUGAGAGUGCGACCUUCAACCUUUCUUCAUUGGAGAAUGUAGCAAUUUACUCCAGGAAGACAGAGUUCAAACUCAUUUUCAUCUACACAUAUAUAUCUGCCGGUAUGGUCAUUAGCCUCAUUACCCUCUUGCACGCCAUUUCAAAACGCGAAGGCUGGGUAUCCUUCAACAUCUAUCGCACGGCGUUCUUCAUUUCCACCGGUGUUGGCCUUACAUUGACGAAUCUCUUGGCCACAAGUGAGAUUCUGCUUGUCAAUUUCCUCUCUAGCCCGUGGCCAGUCCCAGUGAUCCUCAUAUGCUACUCAGUAGUAUUGAUCGUAGCCCAUUUGCCGUUCCCAAAGUCGUUUAAUGGUAAGCGAAAGGGUGACUCAGUCCCGUUCACCAACAAGAUCCCACAGAUUCGACAGAGUGGACCGAGUCCUCAAAGAAGGCCAAAAUCCCGACGAUACAUGUCGUUGCAUGAUAGCAGACCGGAUGUCGGAUUUGAGAUGGACGAGCAGAAGGAGCAUACGAGGCAUACGGGAAACUUCGUUUAG